AAUAAAGGAUCCACAUUCACGAUAAACUACACAAUCAAUUCUCCAACUCAUCGUACCGCAAUAAAAAACAAAUUUCAAAUUCCAGAAACAACAACAUUAGAGGAACUACUUUCUUAUAUAAAUAAACAACAAACAUCCAUCACUUCUUCUAAUAAUAUCUCGGAAGGUAACAAAAAUAUUCCGAGAAAGUUUUACUAUGAAAAUAAUUUUAAUCAGAAAAUUAUGAUAGUUGAUGAAGAAGAUUGGAAGAUUGCUAAAUGGGAACGAAAGAG